UUCGACGAUAUGCCGCACAUGACCCUACAAAGUGCAUUGUGGCACUCCACCCCCGUGACUGUGAAACGUUUCAAGGGACGGGAGGAUAGCAGGCAACUUCUACUGAAAGAAGCGGAUCUACUCAGCUGGUUACGUCACCCGCGGGUGUCUCUUCUCAUGGCAGUAUGUCUGGGCCCUCAGCCACAGCACUUCUGCCUUGUUAUGGAACAUUUUCAGUUGGCUUCUCUGAACCAUCUACUUUACAAGACACGAACAGAGAUGAACUUGCCUGAAAGAGUCCAUUUACUUCUAGAUGUAGCUGAGGGAAUGACAUAUCUUCACUGCCAUUCCAUAGUGCACGGCUUCCUUAAUCCAUUCUCAGUUUUUGUGUACGAAAAGUUCAGAGCUAAGAUUGGUAACUUGGCGUUCUCACAGGAGGACGGUGAACAGAAACACGAGAACGCAUGCUCAGUACACGAAAACUGGAUGGCACCCGAGCAGCUUUUACACGAACCACCAAAUAUGGCUGGUGAUGCUUAUAGUUUUGGUGUCCUGAUGUGGGAGACCCUGGCAAGGAAGCUUCCGUGGUCUUGGCUUACAUGCUCCAUCAAACAAGCCAUAUGCCAUCAUCAAAUGACACUUCCCAUGCUUGAAAUUUGGCCAGGCUACAUCCAAUCCAUAAUAGCGGAAUGCCUUCAGGACCCUGCCGAUAGACCAUGUUUCCGCACCCUGCACGAAUGUCUGUUGGCAAUUAAAAAUAGCGGAGACGGUCUGACGUCAGAAGUCCUGGACGGAGCCUUUCCUUAUUGGUUUGACUUUCAAUGUGGCACCGUGCACACAGAGGCCCGUAGAAGCAGGAAAAGGCCGCCAGAUUUGCCGCAGCGCUCUAGCACCUGCAGAACUUCAGAGAUUUACGUAAUGAUGAGACGUUCCUCGUCCCAAGGGAAUGGAAGGCGCAGAAGUACUUCCGUGAGUGGAGGGCUAAUGGAUAUUUUGAAAGGUUUCUCUAAAAGAACUCAAAAUUCUCCACGGGAAAAAGAGAUCGAGCGAUUCGGAUACGAAAUUGCGGAGCGAUUAGCUGUUGUUCGCAAUAUUCGUGGAGUUUCGCGAAAUUACAAGCGGGACAGAUGGGCGAGGGAAGUCGUUUUGACAAGAGUGUUAGAAGGGGACAUAGAACGGGUAGCAAGGGAUGAGAAAACAGCGCACAGUACAAAGAAAAGUAAAAAAUUAAGUAGGUGUGGGCGACGGUAUAGUGACUUCGAUCAGGAAAGUUUUGAAAGACUACUAGUAACGUCUUCUAAAUGCCAGAGGAAAGAUUGGUCAAAAGUGGUUCAUGGAAAGGAAAAGUUAAUAAAUUCAAUGGAAGGAUUUAAGGGCAAGGUAAAUGAAGAGCUCAGUGAAUAUAGAAGGAAACUGCUGACCGAUGAUGACAGUAUAUCCGAGCACAGCAUAGGAAACGAGGAAGCAGGCAGAACCAAGUCUGAAGUCUCCCAGGAUAGCUUAGCAUUGCUGUCAUUGUGGGAAAAUAACAGGGCGACGCUGAAACCAAACACAAAUGUUGCAGUGAAGGGUACCCUACAAGAGAUAACACAUUCAAAAGUUGACAUAGCCAGCCCAUCCUCACUAUACGAUCAACUGGAUACGACAAGACGGAAGUCUGUUUUCAGGAAACGGGCUGUCGUAAGAGAAGGAUCUGAUGUAAUAUCGGACGCAACUAUGCCAGAGAGCGUGGAAAAAAUAAACAGAGCAAACGAUGGCGAAGACGGGAUCUUGCCCGGGAAUGAAUACGAGCAGCAACGUAGAUCUAAGAUAAACGCGGUAACACAAGAGUUCACGGGAACUUUUCAGCCACGAAGGAAUUCCCGAAAAGAUCCAGCAAAGUUAAAGGGAGGGGAUCAAUCUGCGGAAGCCAUCAACGACGCAGACACAAGUCUGUUAAAUGAGGCAGAUCUAAGCAGCUCUUAUGAUCUCAGUGCCAAGCAACCAGAAAGACGGACGUUAGGGCCAACAUCCAGGGUAAAGCCAUUAUCAGCGCGGGAAUCUUAUAAUCCGAGAGUAAGGUCUGCAAGACAUAUACGUAUAAACACUGCACUUGCCUUGUCUGCACGACGAGGAAAGUCACAUGCAAGUGCACUUGUAUCUGACACGGAAGGAACCAGCCUAGAGAACACAGUACUGACAGACACAGAUGUAAGAAAUGGACGCCUCCAUCGCUUUAGUAUAAGACCUGAUAUGUCACAAGGAAUACAUCUCUCGUCGACACCUGUACAAAAGCUAAGUUUUGGCAGUAAUGAGGAUUGGAGAGAUGUGACUAAGAAUAACUCUGCUGGCAGUGAAGAAAGAAUAUCAUCUGUUCCGUACAUAGACUGGUGCCACUUUAAGGUCUCUAACGAAAACGAGCCAGAUAUGCCAACUGGACCGAAUUCUGCAACAGGAAAUCCCUUGAAGGGAGGGGAUCAAUCUGCAGAGGCCAUCAACAACACAGACACAAGUCUGAUAAAUGGGGCAGAUCUAAGCAACUCUUAUGAACUCAGUGCCAAGCAAUCGGAAAGGUUAAGAACGCGGUCGUUGGGGUCAACAUCUAGGGAAAAGCCUUCAUCAGCGCGGGAAUCUUAUGAACUGAGAGCAAGGUCUGCUAGACAUAUACGUAUAAACACUGCACUUGCCUUGUCUGCACAACGAGGAAAGUCACAUGCAAGUGCACUUGUAUCUGACACGGAAGGAACCAGCCUAGAGAACACAGCACUGGCAGACACAGAUGUAAGAAAUGGACGCCUCCAUCGCUUUAGUAUAAGACCUGACAUGUCACAAGGAAUAUAUCUCUCGUCGACACCUCUACAAAAGCUAAGUUUUGGCAGUAAGGAGGAUUUGAGAGAUGUGGCUAGGAGUAACUCUGCUGGCAGCAGAGAAAGAGUAUCAUCUGUUCCCUACAUAGAUUGGUGCCAUUUCAAGGUCUCCGACGAAAACGAGCCAGAUAUGCCAACUGGACCGAAUUCUGCAACAGGAAAUCCCUUGAAGGGAGGGGAUCAAUCUACAGAAGCCAUCAACAACACAGACACAAGUCUGAUAAAUGAGGCAGAUCUACGCAGCUCUUAUGAUCACAGUGCCAAGCAACCGGAAGGGUUAAGAAGGCGGUCGUUAGAGCCAACAUCCAGGGUAAAGCCAUUAUCAGCGCGGGAAUCUUAUAAUCCGAGAGUAAGGUCUGCAAGACAUAUACGUAUAAACACUGCACUUGCCUUGUCUGCACGACGAGGAAAGUCACAUGCAAGUGCACUUGUAUCUGACACGGAAGGAACCAGCCUAGAGAACACAGUACUGACAGACACAGAUGUAAGAAAUGGACGCCUCCAUCGCUUUAGUAUAAGACCUGAUAUGUCACAAGGAAUACAUCUCUCGUCGACACCUGUACAAAAGCUAAGUUUUGGCAGUAAUGAGGAUUGGAGAGAUGUGACUAAGAAUAACUCUGCUGGCAGUGAAGAAAGAAUAUCAUCUGUUCCGUACAUAGACUGGUGCCACUUUAAGGUCUCUAACGAAAACGAGCCAGAUAUGCCAACUGGACCGAAUUCUGCAACAGGAAAUCCCUUGAAGGGAGGGGAUCAAUCUGCAGAGGCCAUCAACAACACAGACACAAGUCUGAUAAAUGGGGCAGAUCUAAGCAACUCUUAUGAACUCAGUGCCAAGCAAUCGGAAAGGUUAAGAACGCGGUCGUUGGGGUCAACAUCUAGGGAAAAGCCUUCAUCAGCGCGGGAAUCUUAUGAACUGAGAGCAAGGUCUGCUAGACAUAUACGUAUAAACACUGCACUUGCCUUGUCUGCACAACGAGGAAAGUCACAUGCAAGUGCACUUGUAUCUGACACGGAAGGAACCAGCCUAGAGAACACAGCACUGGCAGACACAGAUGUAAGAAAUGGACGCCUCCAUCGCUUUAGUAUAAGACCUGACAUGUCACAAGGAAUAUAUCUCUCGUCGACACCUCUACAAAAGCUAAGUUUUGGCAGUAAGGAGGAUUUGAGAGAUGUGGCUAGGAGUAACUCUGCUGGCAGCAGAGAAAGAGUAUCAUCUGUUCCCUACAUAGAUUGGUGCCAUUUCAAGGUCUCCGACGAAAACGAGCCAGAUAUGCCAACUGGACCGAAUUCUGCAACAGGAAAUCCCUUGAAGGGAGGGGAUCAAUCUACAGAAGCCAUCAACAACACAGACACAAGUCUGAUAAAUGAGGCAGAUCUACGCAGCUCUUAUGAUCACAGUGCCAAGCAACCGGAAGGGUUAAGAAGGCGGUCGUUAGAGCCAACAUCCAGGGUAAAGCCAUUAUCAGCGCGGGAAUCUUAUAAUCCGAGAGUAAGGUCUGCAAGACAUAUACGUAUAAACACUGCACUUGCCUUGUCUGCACGACGAGGAAAGUCACAUGCAAGUGCACUUGUAUCUGACACGGAAGGAACCAGCCUAGAGAACACAGUACUGACAGACACAGAUGUAAGAAAUGGACGCCUCCAUCGCUUUAGUAUAAGACCUGAUAUGUCACAAGGAAUACAUCUCUCGUCGACACCUGUACAAAAGCUAAGUUUUGGCAGUAAUGAGGAUUGGAGAGAUGUGACUAAGAAUAACUCUGCUGGCAGUGAAGAAAGAAUAUCAUCUGUUCCGUACAUAGACUGGUGCCACUUUAAGGUCUCUAACGAAAACGAGCCAGAUAUGCCAACUGGACCGAAUUCUGCAACAGGAAAUCCCUUGAAGGGAGGGGAUCAAUCUGCAGAGGCCAUCAACAACACAGACACAAGUCUGAUAAAUGGGGCAGAUCUAAGCAACUCUUAUGAACUCAGUGCCAAGCAAUCGGAAAGGUUAAGAACGCGGUCGUUGGGGUCAACAUCUAGGGAAAAGCCUUCAUCAGCGCGGGAAUCUUAUGAACUGAGAGCAAGGUCUGCUAGACAUAUACGUAUAAACACUGCACUUGCCUUGUCUGCACAACGAGGAAAGUCACAUGCAAGUGCACUUGUAUCUGACACGGAAGGAACCAGCCUAGAGAACACAGCACUGGCAGACACAGAUGUAAGAAAUGGACGCCUCCAUCGCUUUAGUAUAAGACCUGACAUGUCACAAGGAAUAUAUCUCUCGUCGACACCUCUACAAAAGCUAAGUUUUGGCAGUAAGGAGGAUUUGAGAGAUGUGGCUAAGGGUAACUCUGCUAGCACUGGAGAAAGAUAUGCGCAAUGGGCCGAAUAUCCACGAGGCUAAAAGAGAAAACCCGCAGUCAUGAGCGAUGAUAAUACGACAACCCACGAUAACACUACGUAGAUCACUCAAGGCAAACGAAAGAAUUACCGUGAGACUAGUUUUGACGCACACGGAGUUUGACCUAGAAAGCGAGGUAAGCAAAGCCAUGAUUCACAGCAGAAAAAAAUCGCACUCAAGAGUGUUACUUGAGGUGGACAGCACCUUUUAGUCGACUUGAAAAUGUGUCAAAAAGUAAACAUGAAAAAAGAAUGUCAUUUUGGAACGAAAUGUAAUUUUAGAUUAAUAUGCAGCUACAGUGAUAGGUUUGAUACACGAGUACCGAAACAUUUGAUAUUCACCUUUGCUCUUAAACGGUUGUUAAGAACAGGAAUAUACACGGCUAAGCUGAUGAUUAAAGCAGGGGAAGGGCUAAGGAAUUGAACAGGAGCACAAUUUGUCCGAAUGCGAGUCUUCUCAUUCCUACUUUUGUUUUUGAUUAUUUCUUACAAGAGCGUAUUAGAACAGAAUACGAAAUAGCUACACAAUUAGUCCGUAUGCACAGCUACGUACAUGUACGUCCCGGACACAUUUAGCCUAAGUUUCCGACUCUUGUCGGUUUUCAACAAAUCGUCAAUGAAGAUCUCUGUUGUUUUAAGCUCCAAACCUGAUUUCUUAUCAUUUCCUUCGUACAAUUAAAGGUUGACUUUGGAAAUACUAGGUACCUUUAGAUGGGACUACAAAUACGAGAUUGAGAACGAAUUUCGAAUUUCAAACCCGUAACGUUUCCAGAGCCCUCGCUCUUCAUGUUCGUUUUCGGUAGAAAGGGUACCUCAUUGGCGAUUUGAACUUAACCCAAACAAACUUGGUUGAAUAAAAUAACAGCGGGUUAACUAAAUAAGAAGUAUUUCGUUUCAAUAGUGCUCUUAAAUUUUACUUUCAUGUCAUGUACAACUGGACAAACGUCUGUAGUCUAGAGGUCGGAGUGUUCCGGACUCACACGGUAUCUAGGUUGAGAGUCGACAAAACCCUAAGAAAAUCUUGUUGAUGUACAAAGAACAACAACUAGGUGGUAGUUAAGUUCUUUUAAUCACGUCUAUUUACUCUCGUUCUGGUACUUAAAACAACCACUAGUCUUGGUUGGUCUUCAACAACUUUCCAGUAGCUACAGUAAAAACAACUUAAAAUUUCUAUUUACAGUUCUUCACGCUAACAUUAAAAACAAUUGGGUACAUACGCCUAAAGUUGUAACGAGAUUUUAAAAAAAUGCAGCUUACAGUGGUGAGCUGAAAUAACUUGAUACUAUGCAAGGUAACAUGAGGAAA